GGGACUACAGGAAUGUCGUCAAAAGUUAUUUGGAGGGAUGUGGGUGUUGAAGUUUGUGGUCGAUGUAGUAGGCCAAAUCGGAUGAUACAUUGAUAGUUAGCGAUGAUGAAUCUACUUCUUAGAUGUUCACCUGCACGAGCACGCUUGCAGCUUGUUGUAGACGGAAAUCUUCGUACAAACUUCGUCGCGAAUACUUCGUCGCGAGACUUCGCGCAAACUUCGUCGAGAGGAAAACAACUGUGUCACAAAAGAGUCACAUGAGCGUGAUCGAGUCGGGAUGUUGAAACAUUGAGCGUACUUCCUUCGAAAAUAGGGGAUUCGAAAGAAAACAGGAUUGUAAUACGACAAACGACAAGCAGCGUUUGAUCAAAUGUCUCUCCUGAAGUCUGAAAAUGAAACUAUCUUUGGUUUUUGUCGAGAAAGGUUUUCUGAACGAUCUAGAGUCUACACGAAUUUGAAAUAUGACGCGCGACCACACCAGGACCAGCACUGUUCGGAACGCCGAUUCACUAGGGUCACCGCUAACAGAUCCUUGUCAAAGGUCUGGCGCAACGGCUUCUAGCAGUAGUCGACUUCGAAGUCCGAUAGAGGAACCUGAGCAGUACGCCCCUCUGCAUAGUAAUCGAGGGGAACAAUACGGUUCGUUUGGCAAGAUGAUGCCGGGAUCAACAUCAAGUUCGAGUAGGGGGAAUAGAGAUGCGGGCGAAAUGCUCGCAUCCUCGGCUACGCCUUCUUCACGAUACCCCGUAGGUCCAAGGAGAGAUGCUCGUUUGGAUAAUGACGCGAUUCCUGCUUGUUGUAGUAGCAGUAGCUCAUUGUCUAGUUCCGCGUCAGGCAAUGGCUCGUCGCCGAAUUCACAUGCAUAUGGACUUGGCUCCAAAUCGAGGACGAGCAAAACAAGUACUAGCAGGUCUCAUCAAGUUCAAGAAGAGCAAAGGAACCGAGGAUCACAACCACGUCAUGCAGAACGACCGCGACUCCUCACAAAUCUCAGAAGACAGAAAGCCUUGAGUUCUAAAGAGGAGUGCGCAAGAACAACAUCCAGAUGCGACUUGAUACCUACAACAACGUCUUCGUCUCGUGAAGAUCAAGAUUUGGCAUCUUGUAGUGCCGCCCACGACACUAAUUAUACCGCCAGACGUAAAUCAAGAGCAGGAUCAAGGUCCUCAUCGACCUCGAGGAGCAUGAUGGGCAUGAGUAGCAAGUCCAGAACUACUAGUGGUCCUAGUAGUGUAACUAAAUCGUCUUCGUCAUGGUCAUGGAGAACAACGUUUGCUCUUUUUGUCACACUCGCAGUAGACGUGGCUCAGGGGUUGAGCAAUAAAUGCCGAACUGAAUUCGAUACGAUGCAUGCGAAUAUUCUCUGUACUAUCUUUCUACAGCAUGCAUGCGAAUAUUCUAUGUACUUCUAACUUCUGACGAAUAAAACGAAUGUUGAUCAUGGACUAUGAUGACCUUACUGUUACUACUUAAAACUAGUUAAAACUUCUCAGGACCACUGUGCCUCAUUAGAUUUCCCGCUCCUCAACCACAGACCAAAUCGAGUGGGAGACUUUCUGGCGAUAUUGUGGAGUGAUCACGCAGAAUCGACUGGCAACGUGCUGUGACUCCUUCGAUUUCUCAACGCAGCGUGGUGCAGGAUGCACAGAGUCCUGCGCUUUAUCUUGUCUCUUCAGUGAAUAUGAGGAGUUUUGUGAAGGUUCACCUGCCUUCAGCUUCCCAAGAUUAAGCUGCACUGUGAGCAGGAGCCCGAUGAAAGUACUCUUGAUGUUCUUCCUGAAGAUGUUUUAGACUUCUAGACUUUCAACAUUGUUUCCCCUUAAUAACGUUAACAAUGAACAAGAGAGGAAGUGGUUGCUUCGUCCAAUAAACUGAAAACGCGUAUUGAUAUCGCACUCCUUCAUCAGGAUAGUUUUCCCUCACAUAGCAUCCUGGGUCAGUCCCUUCAUCCAAAAACUUCAUCAGGAUAGCGUAGGGGAGCUGCAACUAAAAGAGUCUUUUUGCCUACCCGAAAGUUGCAACACCGAUGCGGACUUGACAGGUAGCAAGUUGUGAAAUACUCUCUUUUCCGAAGAGUACAAUCCAUAUGCAAAUGCAUGUAGAAGAAACUCAAACGCAAACCUUUACAGUAAUAAAAGACCUUAACGAGGACCUUGUAGAUCACAAUGAAUUUUCUUGCCGAAUCAAAGUCUAAGUACCUUGCCGUGACUUCUUGAAUUCCUUUGCUACAGGUAUAAUGGAGCACUACCACACUACCGGUGGUGCCCUUCUGGGUACCUACGCUGAUGCGAAGGUCGUCUGCCCAUCGAAUACAGCGGAAACAGUGUUGAUCGUGCUCAUCGUGAUCACUCUAGUUAAGGAUUGGACUCUAACCUGGUACUCCAACAGGAUGUACUCAUCAUCUAACCUGCUUACAACUAGGCGUAGACACGUCGUCGAAUACUAUCAAAAGAUUACGUACCUGAAGAGGUCAAAACUGUACGUAAUUCAAUAUAUUCGAAAACUGAAAAUAACCGAGUUACUGACUGAAAUAAGGGAAGCAGUAGCUUGUAACAUCAAGGCUACCCUUCCUUCUCGUCAGUAUCUCGGUUAAUAUUCUGAUUAGUUACUUGCUUAAAUUUCAGUUACUUGCUUAUUUAAGUCACAGCGUACUAGCUAAGCCUAAACAACUACAUGUCGCACGGUUCUAAUCUAUUCGGCCUGAUCGCCUUCGGCCUUUGGUAUGUGUGUAGGAUUCCACCUCAAGCUUUGGAUGCUAUGGUCCAGCAACAACGCAUGGUCGCGCCAGAAGACACGACUUUUAGAGCGCGAGACCUGGCUCUGGAUGGGGGUAAGAGCUCUACGAUGGGGGGAGCUUUGACGGAAGGAUGAUUUAUGAUAUUGGUCGAGCACUGCGAUUGCUUCGAAGAGAAGCUUUACUCGUCUAAUUUUGAAACUACAAGACUGUUACCGUUUUGAAAUUUUAUCUAGUAGUACAUUGUGAUUUAGGUAAUGAAUUGACGAACAGUAAGGCUUCUUGUUGUGUGGUCUUUUGUUUUUUUUUCUGAAGAGCAUGCAAGUGCUUUUCUUUUUUGUCAUUGUGAAUUCAAAGCAAACGUAGUGAAACUGAAAGGUAGAAUUACAAUAAUACUCAAGAAUUAUUCUUAAUUGAAUUUUGAACAGAGACUAACUAUUACGAGGACGACACCAGGUAAAAUUCGCAAAAGUGGGAAUUUCCAAACCAACAGAUAAAUGCGUGAUGAUACUCCUAAUGCAAAGAUCUUCGAUCCUAGUAUUGAAAAAUUCGUAGUGCCAUGAUGAAUGACCAAGAUUACCAUGAUGAAUGACGACCCAGAGUCAUCACUGAUUCCAGAAAAGGCGAAGGAU